CUACCAGCUCCUUUCCUCUCAACCAGCCCUGCCUGCGCUUCUGGUGGCAGAGAUCUGCCUCUUCACCAUCCCCUAAGAUCCCUAUUGGUCAGUUCAAUGCAUUCAUGGGCUCCACAACCCCCACAUUCACUCCAAUCGACCCCAAUGUCACUGAAGGCAUUCCCGAUGGUGACCCGCGCCUGGCCGAGCUGGAACCAGGCCAGCGACUGCGACUGCUUGCACACCAGCCAUUCCCUCAAACCCCUAGGGGCCUUCAAGCACCAGACCUCCUGCUUGGGCUCUUUCAAGAAUUCAUGGGAACGCCUCAGGCUGAAUUUCGAAGCGCAGAACAGCGUGAGUGCCUCUACCAUCUGCUGAAGCCAACCCCAUUCCUUCUCAUGGCAUUACCAACUGCUGGAGGCAAGACCACCCUGUUUCUGCUUGCUGCAAGCCUUGCCUGGGCGCAUACUACUGUCCUGGUGGUUCCCCUUGUUUCAUUGAAGCUGAACCUGCAAUCUAAGCUUCAAAACCUAGGUCUGCCAUGGGUGAAUUGGGAGGAUCAGCAUGAGGAGACCCCUCCUACCCGGCUAGUGCUAGUAUCCAUUGAGUCUGCUGUCAGCCAGGUCUUCAUUAACUGGGCCAUGCAGCUCUACCACCAAAACGCCCUGGACCGCAUUAUUUUUGAUGAGGCCCAUCUCAUCCCCCUGGCCCGCAGCUAUCGGGGGGUGAUGAAUGAUGUAAACCGCCUGAGCCAGAUCCCAGUCCCCAAAGUCUUUGCCUCGGCCACCAUGACCCAGCCUGCCCUGGACCAGCUCCGCCACCAAUUCCUCCUGCCAGCCCACCUUCCCCUGGUGGUCCGUGGUGAUAUCAACCGCCCUGACAUUCACUAUCUGGUCCAAGCACACCCCCCUAGGCUCUCUGGCGCCCGCCGCUUCCAAUAUCUUUUGAACCUGAUCCGUGAUGCACGCCAGGCUGGGCAGAUCCCCCUAGGGGUCAGGUGA